UUGGCCUCAGCCCCCACAGGAAAAGUCGCAACCUUUGUUCUUGUUGUUGUUUCUCUCUCCUCAAUCACUUUCUCUCUCUAGAAUUCCCCACUCUUCUCUCUCUCUCUCUCUCUUAACACUCGGCAGCACCGAAUUUGGCAAUGAUUUAGAGACGCCUCGCUCUGCUUUCUCUCCACCACGCGUCCUUCUUCUCCUUCCCCUUCUCUCUCUCUCUCUCUCUCUCUCUCUCUCUCUCCUUCCUCUGUCUCGCUUUCUCUCUCUACAUUUCCUGACAAUGAGAUCAAACUCGUAGCCUUUUCUGCCUUCUGGGUCUCUUCAUCUUCAAGCGGUCGAAAAGGGUUUUGGCUCCGACCGAAAAAUCGACAAAUUUACAAAAACAAAAAAAAUAGAAACGUUUCGGUUCGUUUCUGAGCUGGGUUUCGUGAGAUCAGACACCCAGAGGAACUCACACCCAUAAAAAUGGCGCCGUCCUUCAGCUGGUGGAAUAAUAAUAAAGACACCCACCGCGGCACUCCCGUCGUCGUCAAGAUGGAGAACCCCAACUGGUCCAUGGUCGAGCUCGAAGGCCCCACCGACAAGGACUUCCUCAUCUCCGAGUCGCCUGGUCGGGUCCGUGGCAAAAACGCCAAGCAGUUCACUUGGGUCCUCCUCCUCAGAGCCCACAGAGCCGCCGGCUGCCUCACCUCCGUAGGCUCCGCAAUGCUGGGCCUCGCAUCCGCAAUCCGCCGCCGCAUCGCCUCCGGCAGGAUGGACACAGACGCCGACGUCGAGCCCGCCAGCGUCAGGGAAGUCGAGAACCCGGUCGUCCGGAGCCGGUUCUAUUUCUGCAUCAAGAUGUUCCUGUGGCUGUCGGUGCUCCUUCUGGGGUUUGAGGUGGCGGCGUAUUUCAAAGGCUGGCACUUUGGGGCGCCGCAUCUGCAGCUGGAUUAUCUGUGGGCGUCGCCAUUGGGGGUUAAGGGCGCAUUCGACUGGGUUUAUUCGAAAUGGGUUUUUUUCCGGGUCGAAUAUUUAGCUCCGCCGCUGCAGUUUCUCGCCAGUUCCUGCAUUGUUCUGUUCAUGAUUCAGAGCUUGGAUAGGCUAAUCCUUUGUCUGGGUUGCUUCUGGAUCCGGUUCAAGAAUAUCAAACCGGUCCCAAAAGAAGGCGCUUUCGACCCCGAAACAGGGGAAACCGGUUACUUCCCCAUGGUUCUUGUUCAGAUCCCCAUGUGCAAUGAAAAGGAGGUUUAUCAGACGUCAAUUGCUGCAGUGUGCAAUCUGGACUGGCCGAAAUCUAAGCUGUUGAUUCAAAUCCUCGACGAUUCGGACGAUCCAACGACGCAGUUUCUGAUCAAAGAGGAAGUUCACAAGUGGCAGCAGGAGGGAGCCAACAUUCUGUACCGGCAUCGAGUGAUUCGAGACGGAUACAAGGCUGGUAAUCUCAAGUCUGCAAUGCAUUGUAGCUAUGUCAAAGACUAUGAAUUCGUGGCGAUUUUCGACGCAGAUUUUCAGCCCACCCCUGACUUCCUCAAGAGAACAGUGCCUCACUUCAAGGGCAAUGAUGAACUAGGGCUGGUUCAGGCUAGGUGGUCCUUUGUGAACAAGGAUGAGAACCUACUCACAAGGCUGCAGAACAUUAAUUUGUCAUUCCACUUUGAGGUUGAGCAACAAGUGAACAGCGUGUUCAUUAAUUUCUUCGGUUUCAAUGGGACAGCUGGUGUGUGGAGGAUAAAGGCGUUGGAGGAAGCUGGUGGGUGGUUGGAGAGGACCACUGUCGAGGACAUGGAUAUUGCUGUUCGUGCCCACCUCCACGGAUGGAAAUUCAUUUUCCUCAAUGACGUCGAGUGCCAGUGUGAAUUACAGUCUUAUGAAGCUUACCGGAAGCAACAACACCGAUGGCACUCGGGGCCUAUGCAAUUAUUUCGCCUCUGUUUGCCCGCUAUUAUAAAAUCUAAGAUCAGCAUUGGCAAGAAAUUCAAUUUGAUCUUUCUCUUCUUUCUGCUCCGGAAACUUAUAUUACCCUUCUAUUCGUUUACCCUUUUUUGCAUAAUUCUCCCCAUGACAAUGUUCAUCCCAGAGGCCGAGCUACCAGCGUGGGUUGUAUGUUACAUCCCCGCCACCAUGUCGUUUCUCAACAUCCUCCCAGCCCCAAAAGCCUUCCCUUUCAUUGUUCCUUACCUUCUCUUUGAGAACACCAUGUCGGUAACAAAAUUCAACGCUAUGAUCUCCGGCCUGUUUCAGCUUGGCAGCGCAUACGAGUGGGUUGUCACUAAGAAAUCCGGCCGUUCCUCAGAGGGCGAUCUCACCUCCUUAGUUGAGAAGCCAAAGCAUCAAAGGGGGGUCUCAGUGCCGGACCUUGUUGAAAUGAAGGAAGAAAUUAGACAGCAGGAGCAAAGGGCUUCCAGGAAAAAGAAGCACAACAGAAUAUACACAAAGGAGUUGGCAUUGGCUUUCCUCCUUCUAACUGCUGCGGCGAGGAGCCUUCUGUCUGCUCAGGGUAUCCACUUCUACUUCUUGUUGUUUCAGGGAGUAUCGUUCCUGCUGGUCGGUUUAGACCUAAUUGGCGAACAGGUAGAAUAAAAAGGGAAAGCAAUAAACUUUCAUAGCGAUAUAUGGCUGAUUGAGACACAGACAAGCUGGGGGUGGUAACCGUAUCUAAGUAGAACAACCCAGAGAGAAGACUCCUUGGGAGAAGGCCGUCGAGAGGGCCGAGAGUGUUGCUCUCUUUCCUGUUUGUCCUCCACCCUCCAGACUCCCUCCACCCGGAAGAACAAGAAUAGUUGUGCUAUAAACGGAGAAAGGAUGUCAUCUAUGAGAAAAAUACAGAUGAGAAUUAGUGAUGCAUGUUCAUUGUUUGUUAUUUUUUUUUUUAAUUUUUUUUUCAUUCUUUUGUUUGUAGUCAUUCUUUUUGUAAGAAAAUCUGUUUCUUCAAACAUCAAAACACAAGCUACUUUACAAUUUCAAAGGCAAUCUUCUUGAUGCUUUACUCUGAUUAUGUAUAAAUGGUAAUUUGUUUC